CAGUGUUACACAACGUCACUGACCAUGAACAAGAUGAAGAAGAAGCUGCCUGAGUUGAUCCUGAAUCACAUCCUGGAGAUUCUCUACCUGCUGACGGGACAGCGUGUGACUAACUUACUGACAGCGAGUCACAUGACCGGGGACAAGAUGACAACAGAGAGUAUACUGACCCACACGCUGCAGAUCAUGUACCUGCUGACAGGGGAGGUGCCUAUAAAGUGUGAUGAUGUUGCUGUGUAUUUCUCUAUGGAGGAGUGGGAGUAUAUAGAGGGACACAAGGAGCUUUACAAGGACGUCAUGAUGGAGACUCACCAAUUAUUAAGGACUAUGGAGAUCCCAGGAAAUGAGAGCUCAGGUAAAUAUGAACAAACAGAAGAUCGGUGGCUAAGAAAUUUACCAGAAGCUGCAGAGCAGGAAAUAUGGAAAAAUGUUAGCAUUGGUGAUGUUAAGACUGAAGUUACACUUAAUGCUGAACAAACAAAUGAUCUUUAUGUAAAGAGUCAGCUGGAAGCUGUGAAGCAGGAAAUCAGUGACAAUAUCAGUACAGGGGAAUUCACAAACUGGAAUAGUCAUGGGCAGAGUACCGGUGUUUCUUCCGAUCUUCAAAAUCAAAGAAGCCACAUCGGAAAAAUAUGUCCUGAAUGUGGAAAAUGUUUUACCAAGAAAUCACGUCUCAUUAACCAUCUGAAAAUUCAUACAGGAGAGAAAGCAUUUUCUUGUUCUGAUUGUGGGAAGUGUUUCACUCUAAAAUUCCAGCUUGUUAGGCAUCAGAAGAUUCAUACAAGGGAGAAAACAUUUUCAUGUUCUGACUGUGGGAUAUAUUUUACUAAAGAAUCACAACUUAUCAAGCAUCAGAAAAUUCAUACAGGGGAGAAUGAAUUUUCAUGUUCUGAAUGUGGAAAAUGUUGUACUAAGAAAUCGCAUCUCAUUGACCAUUUGAAAAUUCAUACAGGAGAGAAAGCCUUUACAUGUUCUGAUUGUGGGAAAUGUUUUGCGCAAAAAUCAAAUCUUACUAAGCAUCAGAAACUGCAUUCAAGGGAGAAAGUAUUUUCAUGUUAUAACUGUGGGAUGUGUUUUACUCUAAAAUCACACCUUAUUAAGCAUCAGAAAAUUCAUACAGGGGAGAAAGUAUUUUCAUGUUCUGAAUGUGGGAAAUGUUUUGUCAAGAAAUCACGUCUCAUUGACCAUCUAAAAAUUCAUACAGGAGAGAAAGCAUUUACAUGUUCUGAAUGUGGGAAAUGUUUUACUCUGAAAUCAAAUCUCAACAAGCAUCAGAAAAUCCAUAUUAAAGAAAUCAGAGCUUAACCUUUUAA